AUGGUGGCUCGCUUUCUGGCUUCGCUGAUUCUUGCGCAAAGCACCGCAAGCCUUCUCGAAGAAUUCGUCGAUGUUGUCGCAAAUGUUGAGCCCGCCAGUGACGGCGAUGGCAUCGACGCCUUCUUCACUGCGGACGACGUUGUCAGCUCCUGUUACUCGUCAGGUGUGCUCGCGCCCACGGCUGCGGCCAUCGAUGCGGGCAGGUGCCUCUGUUGUAACAGCGUGCUGCCCAUUUCCUGUGUCUACUCGAGCUGCGCGUCCUACAUCGCCAACGGAUUGCCCGACGCUAGGACUGCCUUUCGAGGCACGUCUCCGACGCGGACCUCGACUCGGCUUGUGACCACCACCACCGCCCCGGCGGCGUGCACAUCUGUGGUGGACGUCUAUAUGUCGAGUGAGUUUCAAUUCGAGACUACCGGCCCAAGCGACGUGGCGUCGUGCUUCUGGUGA